UUGGAACACUCACCAUUUCCUUCUUGAAGGAGAAAAGAGCUGUAUAGUUAGCUCUCAGAAUACUUUCCAUUAUGUAUGGCUUCACGUUUUAUUUGAAAUGUGUCAAAGAGAACAAAUGAUAUAUUUCAUUUUGUCAGUAAUUGAUUAUUCAGUGGGUGACCAUGAGGGUAAGGUCAAUCCUUACUAGGGCUGUAAAGCUUUUGGGGCUUUGCCCUGAAGAAGACAAAAGUGGAACAACUAGUAGUGUUUUGUUAUCUGCAGAUCAAAUCCCAGACCUAAAGUGAGACUUCCACAGAGUGCUGAGGUGGUGAUCAAAGGAGUAUGGAGAGAGUGAGGGAAUGUUUCAAUCAGUGAGUGUAUACUGGAAAGUGAGGAAGUCGGAUAUAUUGGUCAUGGAAGAUUAUCCUAAGUAUGAUGUUCUUAUUGGCUUGCCUCAUUAUAGGAUUUCAUAAUAGUGAAAGGCUUAAAAGAACAGGAUUAUCUAACAUACCCAGGCAAUUAUAUGAACUAUCUACAGAUUAUGGAUCUAAACUCUAUGAUUACCAGGCCAGAAUUCGUAUGCCUAAAGUCAAAAUGGAACUUCUAAGGGUGGGAAGCCACAAUUUGGAAAGCAAUUCCCAAGAAAUUCUGUCCCUGACUAAACAGAUAGAUAUCCUGAAGGCUUUACUCAAAGAUAUCAAAAACAAAAUGGACAACUACAUUCUGAAUCCUAAUACAGAAGCCUUUGGAAAGCAAGAUGACUCAGAUAUUACCAAUGAGGAAAUGGUGAUCUUGGUGAAUUAUGUGCUUAAAAAGUUAAGGGAGGAUCAAGUCCAGAUGGCUGACUAUGCCCUCAAAUCUGCAGGUGCCUCCAUUGUUGAAGCAGGAACAUCUGAGAGUUACAAAAAUGAUAAAGCAAAACUAUAUUGGCAUGGGAUAGGAUUCUUAAGUUAUGAAAUGCCUCCUGAUGUUAUUCUUCAGCCUGAUGUCCAUCCUGGAAAGUGCUGGGCAUUUCCAGGUUCUAAGGGUCACACUAUAAUUAAACUUGCCAGGAAGAUUACACCAACAGCAGUUACCAUGGAGCAUAUCUCAGAGAAGAUUUCUCCCUCAGGAAAUACCUCCAGUGCUCCCAAGGACUUUUCUGUUUAUGGACUCAAAGAAGAAUGUAAAGGAGAGGAAAUCUUCCUAGGUCAGUUUAUGUAUAACAAAAAAGGGACCAGUGUUCAAACAUUUCACCUCCAGAAUGAAGUUUCUGAAUACUUACUAUGUGUGAAACUGAAAAUUCUGAACAAUUGGGGCCACCCCAAAUAUACAUGUUUAUAUCGAUUCAGAGUCCAUGGUAAGCCAGAAACCGAUGGCUUAGGAGCUCCUUAAAAAGAGCAAGGACUGACUAAGGUGAAGUAAACUGACAUAUCUACCAAAUCAAAAUAGCCAAAGCCCCCAAUAAUCAAACAAAUGGAAUGAAAGCUUCAAAAAGAGUAGUUCACACUUGCAUUAAAAUAAUAAGAAAAGCUGGUUUUCUACAAAUAAUGAAUGCUGUUUGUAAAAAAUGUUUGGAAGUUAACU